UUUUUUUUUUUUUUGUCUUUUAUACAUGCCAACUAUUGCAUUUGACUUUUUAGGUACUCUAGUUCAAUUCGACAAUGUCAUCAAUGCAAUCUGGCAUACUUGGGAACAUGCAGGGUUAACACACCGAGAGGACGCAGUUACGUUAUUUGAAGAAUGGUACCAGACAAGCUCCAUGACUUACUUGGCAGCCUCACACUCUGGUCUCUAUCGCUCAUUGUUGAAGAUCUUACGUGGAACAUUAACCUCAUCGGUAUACAAACAACUGGGCAGAUUACCAUUGGAACAAGAAGUGGAAUUGAUCAUCAACACAUUUAGAACAGAUCUUACCCCUUCGCCAUGCUCGUUGGAGGCUCUACAAACAGCGCUUAGGAACGGAUGGAAUGUAUGGAUAAUCACUCAAAGUGACAAGAUGGAUACUUGGAAUUAUUUGAAGAAACAUAACGUGAUUUGUGAUGAUCAUGGAAAUGGUAGCAACUUGGAUGAUGAUAGAGUAUGGAUUAUGGCUUGUGAUGAGCUUGAAGUGGCAAAACCUCAUCCUAAGGUAUAUGCUCAAGUCAUGCGUUUAACUGUCAGACGGACACAAAAAAUAGAGAAUUUCUAUAUGGUAUCUAAACAUGCUUGGGAUUUGGAAGGGGCAAGAAAUAUAAGUAUGCGGACUGUUUAUUUAUCACAACAAUCAAGCUUAUAUCCAACUGAAGUUUAUGAUGGCAAAGAACCGGAUCUACGAGGGGAAUCACCGAUGGAAUGCGUCAACAAUGUGCUUCAUUUGGAACAAUCACUGAAACAUCAUUAUUUAUUAUAGCUAGUAUUCCCUAUUUUUAUCACUCUUCAUUUACCACGUCUCAUUAUCAUUAUCACUGUCAUCACCAACAUCAUAUAUAUAAUACAUUUUAUUACUUCAUUGUGUAUACAC